AGAGAGGCAGAGAGACAUAGACAGAGGCAAGGCGUGACAGAGAGAGAGAGAGAGAGAGAGAAAGACAGUGAGAGAGCAACAGGAUAUUUUGUCACUAUGGUUACUGGCAGCAGAUACGGAUCUUGAUUUCUGUGUGUCACGCUGUUCUCAUUCAGGGCACCGUGGCUGCAGUGCUGUCAGGACCGGAGCUCCUAAUAACUGAGAGAAACUUUGCACAUUAAGUGUCAUGUCUUCUGGAUCAAUGAGACUGUAGUCAACAUCAAGAAAAAAACUUCUGUGAGUUACUGGUCCCUAAAUGAUUAAGAUGGGUUCCACCACCGUGCCCGUGACCUUGACCUCCAGCAAUGACUCAAAUUCUACCUGUGACACCCUGUACGCCCAUCGGGACUACGCCAGGAUCCUCAUGCCCCUCUUCUAUUGCAUCGUGUUUGUCGUGGGACUGUUCGGUAACUGCCUCGCCCUCCACGUCAUCCGCCCCAAUCUAAAGAAGAUGAACUCCACCACCUUGUACUCUCUCAACCUGGUCAUUUCAGACAUCCUCUUCACCCUCUCUCUGCCUGUGAGGAUCGCGUACUACGCCCUGGGCUUCCACUGGCCUCUGGGUGAGGCGGUGUGCAAGAUUUCAGGCCUGAUUUUCUACAUCAACACCUACGCGGGGGUCAAUUUCAUGACCUGCCUCAGCGUGGACCGUUUCAUCGCCGUGGUCCUGCCUCUGCGCUUUGGCAGAUUCAGAAGGGUCAGCAACGUGCGCUACAUUUGUGUCGGUGUGUGGCUGGUGGUCCUUGUACAGACCCUCCCGUUGCUGGGUAUGCCUAUGACCAAUGCGGAACCUGAUGGCUACAUCACCUGUAUGGAAUACCCCAACUUUGAGAAGGUCGACCACAUUGCUACAACGCUGAUUGGCGCUGUCAUGCUCGGUUACGUCUUUCCUGUGGUGACCAUCCUUCUGUGCUACUCGGUCUUGUGCUACAAACUCCACUUCACAGCCAAGAAAAACCAUCUGACAGAAAAGUCAGGCCGGAGCCGCAAGGUCAUCGGUGUGAUCUGCUGCGUAUCCCUGGUGUUUGUCGUCUGCUACAGCCCUUAUCACAUUGACAUCCUGCAGUACAUGAUCCGCAAGCUGGUGUCGAGCCCCGACUGCGCCGACCUCACGGCCUUUCAGAUCUCUCUGCACAUCACAGUGUGUUUGAUGAACCUCAACUCCUGUUUAGACCCUUUCAUCUACUUCUUUGCCUGCAAGGGCUACAAGAGGAAACUCAUGAAGCUGCUGAAGCUACAGGUCAGCAUGUCCUUCUCCAGUGUAGCGAGGACGUCGCCUGAAGGCUCCUCUAAGGAUAUUAUCGAUGGCAACAAGAUCCAACUCAACAGUUCGAUUAUGGGUACAACCAGUGAGAGGCUCACGGAGAGAAGACGUGACGUGUCGCGUCAUGAAUGAAUGAGAGAACUGAGACAAGUUACACAAGAGGAAGGACCUUUUUACGCGUGUGCCUGCUUCAACCAAGACCGGUCAAAUAACGUGACUCGCUCAUGCCAUCAGGGACUUUUAGCAGCUACACAGAAACUGGACAUUUAGGGCUUUUGGAUUUUUAAAGAACAUCAACAGAUUGACUCUUGAAAGGACAAUUCAGCACUUCCCGUGUUUCUUUUUAAUAAGUGAAUUACUCAGGAAAGCUGAGAUUAUUGCAGCUACUUCUUCAUAAAGCAUGCACGAAGUAGAGCAUGUUGGAAGUGGACAGCGAACUGAUAAAGACCGAGAGCUGAAAGAGACAAAAUGUGUGUUCAUGUACAGCAUACUCACCUGGAAAUAAAAGCAACAGUUUAAUAUUUGCAACCGUACAAAGACCUCACAGCCAACCUUCACAGUUUCAGACAGAAGCAGAAAUCAGUUUUACAAUCUCAGGGUUUAUUUUUUUAUCUCAAGUUUCGGUUAAGCAUGCAGUUAUCUGGAAAAACACACAUUUGUCUGCUUUAACAUGCAUUUAGUGAUUUGAUUUCUUUUAAUUUGAAGGGGACCUGUGGAGUUUUCUUGUUUGAAUUCAGUGUUAUUCACCAUAAUGCACUGUGUGUGUCCUUAAGGUCCUAGAACAUUUGCAAAGCCGAUGUUUUAACUAUUUACAACUCAGCACCGUUGGCAUCCGUGUUUACCAGCUUGCAGUCUUCUUCCUCGUCUUUGCAUAUGUUGGUGUGUUACAACCACUUGUAGAUCAGCGGAAUAUUGUGAAACCGCACGUAGGACUGUGAAAUUGCAUCACGUGUGCAUGCAUGCUGUUACAAUGCUGAAAAAAAAUGGGGAACGUUAAAAAGACACAGCACUGCCAGAGGUGUAAAAACCUUCAGUAGUGAGUGGACUUGUUUUUGGAGUGCUACCAAAAUAUUUUAUCUUCUGCUUUUAAUGUUGUUGGGACAACUGUAACAGCAUUUAUGGAAAUAUGUGUCAUUUCGUCCAAAAAAAUAAAUCGAGAAAAAUAUAGAAAAGUUCUUGAAAACAGAAA